AUGCUGCCGCGUUCGUGCUGCCCCUGCCAAAAACGGAGGCACUGGGAGACCUCCGUUUGCCACAUCGGUCCCGCUUCUACUGAGCCAAAGAAGCUGCGUGUAGUGGGCUAUGAGGCCAGCGGCAUCCAGGCCAUGUCGCUGUCGGACGAGACACUUUUCGUGGGUGCCGCUGGUCGCGUGAGAGCAAUGGAUAUCUCCAGUGGUGGUCUUGCUGGGGAGUUUGCCGAGGGCUCACACAUCCCCCACGAGACGAAGGAGCUUUGGUCCGGGUUCGCUCAUGGACAGAGGCUGGUUGUUGCUGGGAGAUCCGACGGCAAACUUGUGGGCUGGAGAUGUGGUCUUACCACUGCAACCUUGGCUUUCGACUGCCGCAGCCAGCAAGGACAGCCAAUCACCGGCCUUGUGGAGUCAGAGGGCUUGCUGGCCAGCAGUACCGCGGACGGGACCAUCCAUUUCUGGAAUGUCGCCGACAUGGUGAACGACACCAUCAACCUUGAGAGACCAGAAACAACCUGCGGCAAGUCGGUGCUUUGCCUCACAUCGGGACGAGGGGCCAUAUAUGCCGGCUGCGAGGAUGGGUCAGUGUUCAGGAUAUCCGGUGGUUCCAACGCAGAGGAGGUGUUCAAGUCCGAUGGGCCAGUGACGGCGUUGGCAUGCGGUCCUGCAAGUGAUUCCUUAAUUCUGGGACAUGUCGAUGGCCGCAUGGUCCAGAUACUGGAAGACGGCAAACUGCUGGAGAUGGCUGCUUUCCAUACUGACCAGGUGCGCUUCCUCCAAAAACUGAGCACAGGUGUGCUGAGCGUUGCCGCAGAUGGUCGGCUUGGUUUCUGGGAGGAAGACGACGAGGGCAGCAUGCAGCCACAGUGGGGUUUCCGGAACCUUCCUGCGAGAACUAUCGCCGCUGCGGAUGAGACGCAGAUCUUUCUGACUUGCUCCAUUAAUUCUCAUACUCCAGGCAAUCGUGUUCUGGACAGCUCUUGGAAGCGAUCGGACACGGAGUUUGACGAGGUGGCUCCCGCCUGCGAGGCCAUUCUGCAAGUCAGCCUCUAG